AUGGACUUCAACAGCUCGUCGCCCUUCCCGGAGGGAGUCAUCUCCUUCCUGGAUACGGAUCUGUAUAAGCUGACGAUGCAGUGCGCCGUCUUCAAGUUCUUCAAAGACGUGCCCGUCACCUAUGCCUUCACAAACAGAACCCCCGACAAGAAGCUUUCCAGAGCUGCCUUCAAGUGGCUAGAGGAACAAAUCAGGAAGCUCGGCAACAUCUCCCUCUCUGACGAAGAGUACCGGUUCCUGCAGGAGCACUGCAAGUAUCUGUCUGCUGACUACCUCGCAUUCCUCAAGGAGUUCCGCUUGCGACCUCGAGAGCAGGUGUUCCCGACCUUUACGCCCGUCGGAGAGGACUCCGGCGCCGACUCCGAUAUUGGCGACGUCCACAUGGAAAUCAAGGGCACAUGGUCCGAAACAAUCCUCUAUGAGAUUCCCAUACUGGCGCUGACCUCCGAGGCCUACUUCCGCUUUAUGGACACGGAUUGGAACUACGAGGGACAGGAGGAAAAGGCCUUUGAGAAGGGUCUGCGCCUGUUGGAAGCUGGAUGCACCACGUCCGAGUUCGGAACCCGCAGACGCCGCGACUAUCACACGCAGGCGCUGGUGUUCCGUGGCUUAGUCAAGGCAUCCAAGGAAGCGGCCGCAAAGGGCUUUCCUGGAAAGCUGACGGGAACGAGCAAUGUGCACCUGGCCAUGCGCUUCGGCAUCCCUCCCGUCGGCACCGUCGCUCACGAGUGGUUCAUGGGAAUCGCCGCGAUAACGAACGAUUACAGCAAGGCCACCGAAGAAGCCCUGCGCCACUGGGUCAGCGUCUUCGGCACGAACCUGUCCAUUGCCUUGACAGAUACCUUUGGCACGAAGGAAUUCCUCAAGGCGUUUAGCCUGCCGAUUCGCCCGGUCGAGGGCGGCAACUUCGGCCCCGAGACCUUCCAGAAGCCCGACGGGAGCAUCAAGACAUAUGCCGAGAUGUUCGCCGGCGUGCGCCAGGACUCUGGCGACCCUGCCGAGUACGUCAAGCUGCUGCGCGACUAUUACGACGAGCAAGGCAUCAAGGAGAAGAAGAUUAUUGUGUUUUCUGAUUCGCUUAACAUUGACCGCUGCCUGGAGUAUUUGGAGAUUUCGCAAAAGUACGGCUUCCAGCCUACUUUCGGUGUUGGUACUUUCUUGACAAACGACUUUACGCACCUCAAGACGGGCACCAAGUCCGUGCCGCUUAACAUUGUCAUUAAGCUCAGCUCAGCUGCUGGUCGGCCGGCUGUCAAGAUUAGUGACAACGCUGGCAAAAACACCGGCGACAAGGAGACGGUCGCAAAGGUCAAGCAGCAGCUUGGCUAUGUCGAGCAGGAAUGGAAAGACGGCGACGAGACUGCACGAUGGGGCAGGGAAGAAGACGUCAAAGCAUAG